CCGGUUAGGGCUUGCAGGAAAGAUGGAGUAUCCCGCGUUGGGCACCGUGGAGGCCGCGGACAGUGGAGGGGCCCGGCCAUACAACAACUCCGAGGAGCGAGAAGGACGGGAACCGGACGGGCUGCGCUUCGACCGCGAGAGGGCGCGCCGCCUGUGGGAAGCAGUGUCCGGGGCCCAACCAGUGGGGAGGGAGGAAGUGGAGCACAUGAUCCAGAAGAACCAGUGUCUCUUUACCAAUACCCAGUGUAAGGUUUGCUGCGCCUUGCUCAUUUCUGAGUCCCAGAAGCUGGCACACUACCAGAGCAAAAAACAUGCCAACAAAGUGAAGAGAUACCUAGCAAUCCAUGGAAUGGAGACAUUAAAAGGGGAAACGAAGAAGCUAGACUCAGAUCAGAAGAGCAGCAGAAGCAAAGACAAGAACCAGUGCUGCCCCAUCUGUAACAUGACCUUUUCCUCCCCUGUCGUGGCCCAGUCGCACUACCUGGGGAAGACCCACGCAAAGAACUUAAAGCUGAAGCAGCAAUCCACUAAGGUGGAAGCUCUGUCGAAACGCCUUACAAACCCUUUCCUUGUGGCCUCCACCUUAGCCUUGCACCAGAAUAGAGAGAUGAUAGACCCAGACAAGUUCUGCAGCCUCUGCCAUGCGACUUUCAACGACCCUGUCAUGGCUCAACAACAUUAUGUGGGCAAGAAACACAGGAAACAGGAAACCAAGCUCAAACUCAUGGCACACUAUGGGCGGCUGGCAGACCCUGCUGUGACUGACUCAUCAGCUGGGAAGGGCUACCCCUGCAAGACGUGUAAGAUAGUACUGAACUCCAUAGAACAGUAUCAAGCUCAUGUCAGCGGCUUCAAACACAAGAACCAGUCACCAAAAACAGUGGCAUCACCCCUGGGCCAGAUUCCAGUGCAAAGGCAGACCAUUCAGAAAGACUCAGCCACCUUGGAAGACUAGAGAUGUUUCUGUCUGGCAUCCCAGGUUGAACCAGCCAUGAGCCAGCUUCCCGUGACCAUGGUCAGCCCUUGGCUCCCUCUUCCUCGUUUCUUAUACCUGGAGAACAUGUAGGCCUAAGGCAGGAGUGGGCCACAGGUAGCCUCUGAUUGGUCCAGGGAAAUCCACCCCUGCUUUUCCCCUUUGGAGUGGGCCCUGUAGGUCAGGACAAGGGAAGGGGGUGAAUCCUGAGAGGACUUGGGGCCUCACAGGGUAGUAGUUUGGAGGAUGGCCUUUCCCCUUCCCCAGCCUCUUUGGGCCAUAUGUCAUGAGCCCCAGGCCUGUCUUUCCUCUGCAGGUCAUUUUUGAAUCAGUCUCUGCAGCUAAAGAACUGAGCUCUUCCUGGGCUCUAGGCAGCUCCAGUGAAACCUGGCGCUUUCACACCAGACCUUGGCCUAGGUGGGAAAGGGUAGAUGGAAAUGGCUGCUCCAUGGACGCUUUGAGCUAAUAUGACACUCCCCUUUUCGCCAAAAAGUACAGGCUUUCCCGAGCCUGCGACCAGAUGCUGGCCAGUCAGACAGCUUUCUGCCCACUGUGCAGUUUCC